CGAGACGAGCCUUGGCCUUGGGCCCCACCCCCAAAUUGGAAUGCGGCGACGACUGCUGUUUAUAAGAGUGCACACUUCCGUUACCAUAGUGCCCUAAAGACUUCUAACAGGAGUUAGAAAUUGGUCCCUGGUUCGGGAAACAGGUUACCUGUGAGCCAUAAUUUUACAGCAUUCCAAACAGUGGGGGUCAAUUCAAAUUCCUUAGAGUUUUCCCUAUGUGCGUGCCUCUGGCAUUGGCUUUGUGGCCAGUCAUCGUGGCAUUUUGGGGUUGGAAGGUCAGAGAGCUGGAGUGUCUUUCGCCUUUAAUAUGAUAGUACUGUAUUAGGAGGCUGAGGCAAGAGGAUUGUUGUGAGUUCACAAGUACACGGAGGAGGUGAGCAACUGGUGAGCUUCGUCAUGUAUAUCAUAGAGGAAAAGCAGCACUCCAAGAGCAAGAUACUGUUGACUUCUCCUUAGAAAUUUGCGAGGACGGUCACCUAUGCCUGCAAACAGGACCACUCCCGCGGUUGAAUGAGGAUGCGGUCUCGGCCCGCGCCUUCCCUCCUGACCGCUAGGGGGCGAGCGUCCGAAGGCCUCUCUUCCCCGCGCGGACCGGCCGCUCUUGGCGACGCGGACUGGGAGACGGUACUUCCUGUCGGGCUUGCCGGGAGUGGCGCGCUGCUUGCGCGGGUGCUGCGGGUGCUGCUGCCGAGGCUGUCGGGGCUCGGCCAACCAUGGAACCCUCGGGGCCCGGCGAAGUGCCAGGCGCAGACGCGGCGGGACCCGACCCUCAGCUGGCGGUCACCAUGGGCUUCACAGGGUUCGGGAAGAAAGCUCGCACAUUUGACUUGGAGGCCAUGUUUGAGCAGACUCGAAGGACAGCUGUGGAAAGAAGCCGGAAAACACUGGAAGCAAGAGAAAAAGAGGAAGAAAUGAACAGAGAGAAAGAAUUAAGAAAACAAAUUGAAGAUGUUGAACCAAGACCAUCCAGCUCAAGUGCAGUCAGAGAGCACUCAAAACCAUCUCCCAGGGACACAAGCAGCAGUGACAGUGAAGACAGUUCUGAUUCAUCUGAUGAUGAGUUAAUUGGCCCUCCUUUACCCCCUAAAACGGUAGGAGAACCAGUUAAUACUGUGGAUGAAGAUAUCCUUGGCCCUUUACCUCCACCUCUCGGGGAAGAAGGAGAAGAAGAAGAAGAUGAUGAAUUAGAGGAUGAAGGAGAAGAGGAAAACCCUGUCCAAAGGAUUCCUGAUUCGCAUGAGAUAACACUGAAGCAUGGCACUAAAACAGUUUCUGCUUUGGGUUUGGAUCCCUCAGGUGCCCGCUUGGUCACUGGAGGAUAUGACUACGAUGUUAAAUUUUGGGAUUUUGCUGGAAUGGAUGCUUCUUUCAAGGCUUUUCGAUCCCUCCAGCCUUGUGAGUGCCAUCAGAUCAAGUCACUACAAUACAGUAACACAGGAGACAUGAUUCUUGUUGUCUCUGGAAGCUCACAGGCCAAGGUGAUUGACAGAGAUGGUUUUGAAGUAAUGGAAUGUAUAAAAGGAGACCAGUACAUUGUAGACAUGGCCAACACCAAGGGUCAUACAGCAAUGCUUCAUACUGGCUCAUGGCACCCCAAAAUAAAAGGAGAGUUCAUGACUUGCUCAAAUGAUGCGACUGUAAGGCUCUGGGAAGUUGAAAAUCCAAAGAAACAGAAAAGUGUUUUUAAACCUCGGACAAUGCAGGGUAAAAAGGUCAUUCCCACGACGUGUACGUACAGUAGAGAUGGGAACCUUGUUGCAGCUGCCUGUCAGAAUGGAAGCAUACAGAUCUGGGACCGGAACCUGACAGUUCAUCCCAAAUUCCACUAUAAACAGGCUCAUGACCCUGGCACAGACACUUCUUGUGUGGCGUUUUCCUAUGAUGGUAAUGUCCUUGCCUCUCGUGGAGGUGAUGAUACAUUAAAAUUAUGGGACGUCCGACAAUUUAAUAAGCCAUUAUUUUCAGCCUCAGACCUUCCCACCUUGUUCCCAAUGACCGACUGCUGUUUCAGUCCUGAUGAUAAACUCAUAGUCACUGGUACCUCUGUUCAAAGGGGAUGUGGCAACGGCAAACUUGUCUUCUUUGAGCGCAGGACUUUCCAAAGGGUGUAUGAAAUUGACAUUACAGAUGCGAGUGUUGUCCGCUGCCUGUGGCAUCCAAAGCUGAACCAGAUCAUGGUUGGAACUGGAAAUGGAUUGGCAAAAGUGUAUUACGACCCCAACAAAAGUCAGAGGGGAGCAAAAUUAUGUGUGGUUAAAACCCAGCGGAAGGCCAAACAAGCUGAGACACUAACCCAGGACUACAUCAUUACCCCUCACGCCUUGCCCAUGUUCCGUGAGCCCCGCCAACGAAGUACGAGGAAACAGCUGGAGAAGGACAGACUGGACCCCUUGAAGUCACACAAGCCAGAACCUCCUGUAGCAGGCCCAGGUCGUGGUGGCCGAGUGGGAACCCACGGGGGCACCCUGUCAUCCUACAUCGUGAAAAACAUUGCUUUGGACAAGACUGACGACAGUAACCCUCGAGAAGCCAUUUUGCGUCAUGCCAAAGCAGCAGAAGAUAACCCAUAUUGGGUUUCGCCGGCCUAUUCCAAAACUCAGCCCAAAACCAUGUUUGCCCAAGUGGAAUCUGAUGAUGAAGAAUCAAAGAAUGAACCAGAGUGGAAAAAACGAAAAAUCUGAAGAAUCUCAUUUAAGAGCUGUUUGCAUGGAGCAAGAGGAUAGAUAGGGUGCAGUGUCCCAUUCCCCGCCCCUCAUGCUUAUGAAAUAAAUACAUUUUUUCAAACA